GCCAGGCGGGAGGAGGGGACAGGGCCGGGCUCCUCGCCCUUUCCCCAAGCGCCUGCGCAUUAGGCGGCGGCUCUCUGCCGUUACCGCUAUGUGCGGGGCGUGUGUGGAAUAACGUUAUUGCCCAGCGGAGCUGAGGGGCCCGUAGCUCGGACGUGGAGGCGGCGGCGGGGUGGGGGAAGACUGCGUGCUAAAGAUUCACGGGACGCGCGGCGCCCCGCCUCCCACGUCCGGUCCCUCUCCACGGUGAGGGGAUGAUGUAGCUUUGCCGAAGACUUAGAAGCUAAGCAGAAAAUGAGCUUAACAUCCUGGUUUUUGGUGAGCAGUGGAGGCACUCGCCACAGGCUGCCACGAGAAAUGAUUUUUGUUGGAAGAGACGACUGUGAGCUCAUGUUGCAGUCUCGCAGUGUGGAUAAGCAACAUGCUGUAAUCAAUUAUGAUGCCUCUACAGAUGAACAUUUGGUGAAGGAUUUAGGCAGCCUAAAUGGGACUUUUGUGAAUGAUAUAAGGAUUCCAGAACAGACUUACAUCACCUUGAAACUUGAAGAUAAACUGAGAUUUGGAUAUGAUACAAAUCUUUUUACUGUAGUACGAGGGGAAAUGAGAGUCCCUGAAGAAGCUCUUAAGCAUGAGAAGUUUACCAUUCAGCUUCAGUUGUCCCAAAAAUCUUCAGAAUCAGAAUUAUCAAAAUCUGCAAGUGCCAAAAGCAUUGAUUCAAAGCUAGCAGAUACUGCUACAGAAGUGCAGCAUAAACCUACAGAAGCACUGAAAUCUGAGGAAAAAGCCGUGGAUGUUUCUGCUAUGCCCCGUGGUACUCCGUUAUAUGGGCAGCCAUCAUGGUGGGGGGAUGAUGAAGUAGAUGAACAAAGAGCUUUCAAGUCAAAUGGAAAACCUGAAGAAAAAAGUCAUGAAACUGGAACAUCAGGGUGCAGCAUAGAUGCCAAGCAAGUUGAGGAACAGUCUGCAGCUGCAAAUGAAGAAGUACUUUUUCCUUUCUGUAGGGAACCAAGUUACUUUGAAAUCCCUACAAAAGAAUUUCAGCAACUAUCACAAAUAACAGAGAGCACUAUUCAUGAAAUUCCAACAAAAGACACACCAAGUUCCCAUACAACAGGUGCAGGGCAUGCUUCAUUUACCAUUGAAUUUGAUGACAGUACCCCAGGGAAGGUAACUAUUAGAGAUCAUGUGACAAAAUUUACUUCUGAUCAACGCCACAAGUCAAAGAAGUCUUCUCCAGGCACUCAAGACUUGCCGGGAAUUCAAACAGGAAUGAUGGCACCAGAAAACAAAGUAGCUGACUGGCUAGCACAAAACAACCCUCCUCAAAUGGUAUGGGAAAGAACAGAAGAAGAUUCCAAAAGUAUUAAAAGUGAUGUUCCAGUGUACUUGAAAAGGUUAAAAGGAAAUAAACAUGAUGAUGGUACACAAAGUGACUCUGAGAAUGCUGGGGCUCACAGACGAUGCAGCAAGCGUGCAACUCUGGAGGAGCACUUAAGGCACCACCAUUCAGAGCAGAAAAAGCUACAGAAGAUCCAGGCCUCUGAAAGGCAUCAAGAACAAGCUGUUACUAGCUCUGCGCAUCACAGAGGAGGGGGGCAUGGUGUUCCACAUGGGAAAUUGUUAAAACAGAAAUCAGAGGAGCCUUCGGUGUCAAUUCCCUUCCUACAAACUGCAUUAUUAAGAAGUUCAGGGAGUCUUGGGCAGAGACCAAGCCAGGAGAUGGAUAAAAUGUUAAAAAGUCAAGCUACUUCUGCUACUUCUGAAAAGGAUAAUGAUGAUGACCAAAGUGACAAGGGUACUUAUACCAUUGAGUUAGAGAAUCCCAACAGUGAGGAAGUGGAAGCAAGAAAAAUGAUUGACAAGGUGUUUGGAGUAGAUGACAGUCAAGAUUAUAAUAGGCCUGUCAUCAAGAAAAAGCAUAAAGAUCUGAUAAAAGACUGGGCUCUCAGUUCUGCUGCCAUAGUAAUGGAAGAAAGAAAGCCACUGAGUACAUCUGGAUUUCACAAUUCAGAGGAGGGGACCUCUUCAUCUGGAAGCAAACGUUGGGUAUCACAGUGGGCUAGUUUGGCUGCUAAUCAUACAAGGCGUGAUCAGGAAGAAAGAAUGGAAUUGUCUGCACCUGUUCCUUUAGAAAAUGAGACAGGAAUCAGUGAAUCUGGCAUUUUUCUGAGAAGUACUGGCUCUGCAACUUCUUUGGCUAGUCAGGGAGAGAGAAGGAGACGAACUCUUCCUCAGCUUCCAAAUGAAGAAAAGUCUCUUGAGAGCUCCAGAGUCAAGGUUGUAACUCAGAGGUCAGAGAUUGGAGAGAAGCAAGACACAGAACUGCAGGAGAAGGAAACACCUGCACAGGUAUACCAGAAAGACAAACAAGAUGCUGACAGAGCCCUGAAUAAGAUGAGCAGGGCAGUAAAUGGUGAGACUCUUAAAAACAGUGGAGAUAAUAAAACCCUGCUUCAGGUAGCCAACUCUUCUCCUGGGAAGGAGAAGAAUGAAACUGAUAAGGAAGCUUCUUUGGUGAAGCAGACAUUAGCUAAAAUCCAGCAACAACAGGAACAAAAGGAGCAGGCCCAGUGGACACCAACUAAAUUAUCUUCAAAAAAUGUUUUAGGUCAGAUAGAUAAAUGUAGGGAGGAUUCUUCUAAACAAGAGUCCCAACCUCCAGAAAAAAUUCCAGAGCACUGUACUAGCAAAGGAGAAAGAGUGAUACAAAAUGAAAGCAAGAGAAGAAAGGCUGAAGAAACUCUGAAAAGUCAGACUUCUAAAGGAGAUAAGAAGGAAUCCUCCAAGUCAUUAGUGAGACAGGGGAGCUUCACUAUAGAAAAACCUACCCCAAACAUACCUAUAGAACUCAUCCCCCAUAUAAAUAAACAGACUUCAUCUACUCUUCCUGUAGCUUUAGCACCUGCAAGUAGAUUACGAGAAAGAAGUGACUCUUUGGAUACUGAUUCUAGUAUGGACACAACCCUUAUUCUAAAAGACACAGAAGCAGUAAUGGCUUUUCUAGAAGCUAAACUUCGAGAAGAUAAAACUGAUGAAGGCCCAGACACUCCCAGUUACAACAGAGAUAAUUCUAUUUCACCAGAAUCUGAUGUGGAUACAGCCAGUACAAUCAGUUUGGUUACUGGAGAGACUGAAAGAAAGUCAACUCAAAAGCGAAAGAGUUUCACUAGCCUCUAUAAAGAUAGGUGUUCCACAAGUUCUCCUUCCAAAGAUGUUACAAAAUCAUCUUCAUGUGCUAGGGAGAAAGUUGAAAAGAAAACCAAAAGCCGUUCCGCAGAUGUAAGUUCAAGAGCAGAUGGUCGUAAAUUUGUACAAUCCAGUGGAAGAAUAAGGCAGCCUUCAGUUGACCUAACAGAUGAUGACCAAACCUCCAGUGUACCUCAUUCUGCUAUCUCUGAUAUUAUGUCAUCUGAUCAGGAAACUUACUCUUGUAAAUCUCAUGGAAGGACUCCACUUACCUCAACAGAUGAGCAUGUACAUUCCAAACUGGAAGGAGGUAAAGGAACGAGAUCUAAGACUUCUCCUGUAGCAUCAGGUUCAUCCAGUAAAUCAACCACUCUUCCAAGGCCACGACCUACCAGGACUUCCCUCUUGCGCAGAGCACGACUUGGUGAAGCUUCAGACAGUGAACUUGCUGAUGCUGACAAAGCAUCUGUUGCUUCUGAAGUAUCCACAACAAGUUCAACAUCCAAACCACCCACGGGAAGACGGAAUAUAUCUAGGAUUGAUUUAUUGGCUCAGCCGCGUAGAACAAGGCUUGGCUCAUUGUCAGCUCGUAGUGACUCUGAAGCAACAAUAUCUAGAAGUAGUGCCUCUUCGCGUACAGCAGAAGCCAUCAUUAGAAGUGGAGCCAGAUUAGUACCAUCCGAUAAAUUUUCUCCUAGAAUUAGAGCUAACAGUAUCUCUCGACUGUCAGACUCCAAGGUCAAAAAUAUGUCCUCAGCUCAUGGCUCUCCUUCAGUAAAUGCAAGAUGGAGGCGCUUUCCUACUGAUUAUGCUUCCACCUCAGAAGAUGAAUUUGGAUCAAACCGUAAUUCCCCUAAACAUACCCGUCUGCGUACUUCUCCAGCCCUGAAAACCACUCGCUUGCAGAGCUCUGGGUCAGCAAUGCCUACUAGUUCCUCCUCGUUCAAGCACCGGAUCAAAGAGCAAGAAGACUACAUCCGAGAUUGGACUGCUCAUCGUGAGGAGAUAGCCAGGAUCAGCCAAGAUCUUGCUCUCAUUGCUCGGGAGAUCAACGAUGUAGCAGGAGAGAUAGAUUCAGUGACUUCUUCAGGCACUGCCCCUAGUACCACAGUAAGCACUGCUGCCACCACCCCUGGCUCUGCCAUAGACACUAGAGAAGAGGUAGGAGAUCUUCAUGGAGAAAUGCAUAAGUUGGUUGAUCGUGUUUUUGAUGAAAGUCUCAACUUCCGAAAGAUUCCUCCGUUAGUUCAUUCUAAAACACCAGAAGGAAACAAUGGUCGAUCUGGUGAUCCAAGACCUCCAGGAGCAGAGCCUCCUGAUCACUUAACAAUUACAAGACGGAGAACUUGGAGCAGGGAUGAAGUCAUGGGAGAUAAUCUGCUGCUCUCAUCCGUCUUUCAGUUCUCUAGAAAGAUACGACAAUCUAUAGACAAAACAGCCGGAAAAAUCAGAAUAUUAUUUAAAGACAAAGAUCGGAACUGGGAUGAAAUAGAGAGCAAGUUAAGAACUGAAAGUGAGGUUCCUAUUGUGAAAACCUCAAGCAUGGAGAUUUCUUCUAUUUUACAGGAGCUGAAAAGAGUUGAAAAACAGUUACAAGCUAUCAAUGCUAUGAUAGACCCAGACGGAACUUUGGAAGCUCUGAAUAACAUGGGAUUUCCCAGUGCCAUCUUGCCAUCUCCACCAAAACAGAAAACCAGUCCUGUGAAUAACCACGGAAGCCCGGGUCAGACACCAACACUUUGCCAGCCAGAAGCUAGGGUUCUUCAUCCUGCUGCUGUCUCAGUCUCAGCUGAAUUUGAGAAUGCCGAAUCUGAGGCUGAUUUCAGUAUACAUUUCAAUAGGUUCAAUCCUGAUGGGGAAGAGGAAGAUGUUGCAGUCCAUGAAUGACUUUCUCAGGAUUGUUGAAAAGGAAUUACCUGUGGAAUGACUAGAAAUAUUGGAAGCAGCAUAGUGUUGAUACAUAAAACAAGGCAGCUUGAUCAACUGCAGUCUUGUUAUCCCUGUCUUCUUAAUUUUAUUUAUUUAUUUUUUUACCUGUAAUGUAGUGUCUUAUCAGUCUUUCAAAUCUCUUAGAUAACCACUUGAUGUACACACAGGGAAAAGCAGAUUGUGGCAGUUUUGCCUUUUGUGAUUUUGUGAUUUUCAGUCUGAGUUAUAUCAUUGCAUCCUUUCCCUUCAUAGAUCUUUGUUUCUGUUUUUUUUUUUAAGCCAUGCUGUGACCUACAAGCAAACUAAAUAUCCAACAUUUCUGAAUCCCCAUGUCUCCUGUGCCAAGCUGCUCCCUGAAAUGGACUUCUCUUCACCUGUACAGAUUUGUUAACCAUUCUAUUUGCUUCUAGUAAUAGGAUUUUUACUGGUACUCGUUAACUUUGGACACGAUGACAGAUUGCUCUCUACAGUAAAGCAGACCUUUUGCAACACUCAUUCUGCGUCCUAAAAUUUUCCAACAUAGAUGUGAUUUAUAUAACUUUGUUGCUACGUAACUUGUCUUGGGGUUUACGGAGAUUAUUAUGUUUGCACUAAGAUUUACUGGGAGUGGUAGGUGGACAUAUCUAUAUAUCAUUAAGGACUCUUUUCUUUUGUACAUAGGAGAUAAUACUGUAUUUGUUUUAACCCCACAGUGUUUUACUCCACUUUCAAAAAGAUCGAUUUGGCACCUUUUUUUUGAUUUUUUUUUAAAGGAAAUAAAAUUUUGUCUCUCAUUUCAGAUUAAAUGAUAACUAGAAAGAUUAAACAAGACAGUUUAGGUGGAGUAUAUUUUUAAAACUAAGAACAUGUAUAUUGGUCUGUGUUACCAACUUUAUAUGUGACAGUUGAAAAAAUUCCCCUUGAAAUGAUCAUGAGAUUAAAAUUUUCUUCAUUAGGAAACUUGGAGAACCAGUAGUCAUAAGAAUAGUUGAUAGUUUCACUCCCAGGCAAUGAAUUGCUUCUAUAUGUUUCCCUGUAGGACCCAAUAGUAAAUCCUAUCUCAGUCUUACACACUUAUAGGGACCCUGCAAGACAAAAAUGACAGAAGCUUUAGGCUUAUGCUACUAAACAGGAAGCAUAUGAAAAAUAUCUUCUAUAAACUUGAUUUUUCUUUUUCUCUCCAGUAAGUUUAUAUCUGGAUAAGUUUAAAAUGAAAAUAAUUAUCUUUGUUUUUCCAGAACACUAUAAUUUGGGUGAAUUUCAAUUCAGUUAUUAUUAGUAGACCUAGAUUUUCCUCUAAUCCUGCAACUUUUAUGAAAGUUACUGUUUCAGCAAUAACCUGUGCUACAUUUGUUUUAAGAAACAAAGUAACUGUACACUUGAAAAUUACAGGAUUUUAAAAAUCCUAUACUGUUGGAUCAGUUAAUAAAGAUGCAGAACCUUUUUGAAGAACUAUAGAAACAAGUCUGUUGUAUAAUGGAUCUCCUGUUUUACUUAAAUUUUUAAAAAGGUAAAUGAACUAUUCUCUUUAUAAAACUAAAUUCCCCAUUCUGUCUAAUAAAGGAAGACAAAAAAAAAGUUUUAAAAAACAAUGGAAGAUACAAAUGCUUUGAAGGAAUAAAUAAGACAAAACAAUAUCAACUAUUUGAAGAAAAUGUUGAAUGAAGUAAUCACCAUUGUUCCCUCUUAUUUAAUGUUUGGGUACUGAUGACAUCCAUGUGGACGUAGAAGGUAAGGAGUUUAGGAAAUAUUAGAAUUACUUACAUUAUUGUUUGUUUACACAGUUCUGUUUAAUUAUAAACAUUUGGUCUUUUACUGUGUUAUUUUUAUUUUGUAUGGAUACAUUAUUCU